AUGGAGUAUCGUCCAAGAGGUGGUUUCAUGAACUUUCUUCAAGGUGUGGAUGGUGCUGCAACCUCUACCUUCGGACCAUCCUUGCGCCCACAGCAUACUGCCUACCAAGCGCAUCACUUUCCUAUGCCAUAUACCCAUUUCAUGGGACCACCACCACCACCUGGCAGUACACAAAGCUCCCCAUUGGCCUCUGAUUCUAGGAGCCCGAGUCCAGCAAACAUCGGUCAGCAUCGGGUAACAAUCGAUGUGGAAGCAACAGAUGAUGAUUCAAGGCAAAGGAUGUACUACACUCCUGAGGAGGAUGUCAGAUUGGUUAGCGCGUGGAUAAACAACUCUACAGAUCCUAUUGAAGGAAAUUCCAAAAAGCUUGCUCAUUAUUGGAAGGAGGUUACUGCAGCAUACAACUUGACCACACCAAGUGACCGUAAACGCGAUGUGAAGCAUCUGAAAACCAUUGGUACAAGACUACAAAGAAGUCCAAAGUGGAAUGCUCACAUUGCAGCUAAAUGUCAAGGCACGAAGAGGUCAUGUGAUGAGUUAGAUGUCAACAGGGUGGCUCCAAAUGUGCGUCCAGUGGGCCGCAAGAAAGCUAAGAAAAUGAAAGGAGCUGCUAAUGGGUCUGAAACUACAGUGGUUGAAGAACAACUGGAGAAACUAGUUAAUGCUCAGUCAGAGAUUACUGAAGUCAUAAGUAACAUGAAAGAUUUCCAAGAACGCAUCUCAAAUCAGAAAGUGGAAGCUGCAAAGUUGACAUACAUGGCAGCUAAGGAAAACAAGGAAUCCAAAGUGUUAGAGAAUAACUCAAAGACCAUGGAGCAUAGGAAAAAAAUGAUGGAUAGGUUUUCUGAUAUGUUGAAGGUGGACACUUCUAAGAUGGAGACAUGGGCAAAGGAGGCUCAUGUGAGGGUUGUCACUGCUCUGGGAGAUAAAUUAUUUGGCUGA